CCCGGAUGAGGUUUCCUUCGGGCGCAUGCGCACUGGCGCAUCAUUCCGCCGGUCGAGAGCUGCCUUGAGGUCCUUGUCGCCUGCCGGAAGGUUCUAGCGCGCGCGUUGCGCACUCGGCGGCCGUUGCCCUUCUCUGGCCUUCCUUCCGCCCGGAACCGGCUCGAGCGUUCCCUGGGGCGCGUGGGACGGCGGCCGCAGCAGCCUCGCCCGGAGUUUGCGGGUUCUCCUUCCCUCUCCCCCCUCCCGUUUCCUCCCGGUGGAUUAACUCUCUCCUCCCCGGGCUGUGGCGGCGGCGCGGGCAUGGCGGACACGGCGCAGAACGGGCCCAUGCAGGGAGGCGCCGGAGGAGGAGCCGUGCAAUUCCUGAUGGCUAAUAAAUUGGACACAGCAAUGUGGCUGUCCCGGAUAUUCACAGUUUACUGCUCGGCUUUAUUUGUCCUGCCUCUUCUUGGGUUGCACGAAGCGGCGAGUUUCUAUCAGCGUGCCUUGCUGGCGAAUGCUCUCACCAGCGCCCUCCGACUUCACCAAAGGCUGCCACACUUCCAGCUGAGCCGGGCCUUUCUGGCCCAGGCGCUGCUGGAGGACAGCUGCCACUAUCUCUUAUAUUCCCUCAUCUUUGUGAAUUCCUACCCAGUUACCAUGAGUAUUUUCCCUGUUCUGUUGUUCUCUUUGCUUCAUGCUGCUACCUACACAAAGAAGGUCCUGGAUGCCAGGGGUUCCAACAGUCUUCUCUUCCUACGGAAUCUCUUGGACAAAUUGAAUGCUAAUCAGCAGAACAUCCUCAAAUUUAUAGCUUGCAAUGAAAUCUUCUUGAUGCCGGCAACCGUGUUCAUGCUUUUCAGUGGGCAGGGAAGCUUGCUGCAGCCUUUCAUCUACUACAGGUUUCUCACGCUCCGGUACUCCUCCCGCAGAAAUCCUUAUUGCCGGACUCUCUUCACUGAGCUGCGGAUCGUUGUGGAACACAUCAUCAUGAAGCCGUCGUGUCCCGUCUUCGUGCGCAGGCUCUGCCUCAGCAGCAUUUCCUUUAUCAGCAGACUGGCGCCCACGGUCGCAUAGCUGGCUUCUGGGAAGCAGAUGGGUGCAUCUCUAACGAACAUUUGGAGCAGCUGGUACUUCUGCCAGGGGUUUAUAAAAAAAAUUCGGCAUCUCAGUCAAGGUGGUAUGAAACUCUGUUGCUUCCCUUCCGAGAGCCUGUUCUGUGAAUUGUAUCCUGUGUUUAAAACAAAACGGAAAAAAAAAAAUCUUGAUUUUUUUUCAAGAAGAUUUUGCAGUGCUUUUGUGAGCAAUGAAUGGCUGCCGUCUUAGACAAGAUACUUCUUAAGGCAAAAUAAUAAUAAUCACCUGCAUUGUAUAAAAUGA